GUCAGGGAGAGGGGAAUUGAUCACUGUGCAGUCAGGGAGAGGGGAAUUGAUUACUGUUCAGUGAGAGAGAGAGGAAUUGAUCACUGUGCAGUCAGGGAGAGGGGAAUUGAUUACUGUUCAGUGAGAGAGAGGGGAAUUGAUCACUGUGCAGUCAGGGAGAAGGGAAUUGAUCACUGUGCAGUGAGAUAAUAGUUGAUCGCUGUUCAGUAAGGAAUAGGAGGAAUUGAUCACUGUUCAGUGAGGGAGAGGAAUUGAUCACUGUGCAGUCAGGGAGAGGGGAAUUGAUCACUGUUCAGUGAGAGAGAGAGGAAUUGAUCACUGUUCAGUGAGAGAGAGAGAGGAAUUGAUCACUGUUCAGUGAGAGAGAGGGGAAUUGAUCACAGUUCAGUGAGAGAGAGAGGAAUUGAUCACUGUUAGUGAGCGAGAGAGGAAUUGAUCACUGUUAGUGAGAGAGUAGUUGACCGCUGUCCAGUGAGGAAUAGGAGGAAUUGAUCAGUGCCCAGUGAGGAAUGGGGGAAUUGAUCACUGUCCAGUGAGGGGGGAAUGGGAGACUGAUCGCUGUCCACACAUUGUCGGACAUGCACAAUGGCCGGCCCCUGUGAACGAGGCGGGGUGGGGCCGCUGCAUUGAGCUGGCGCCCUGUCACCGCGCGGCCAGUGGCGAGCGGCGGCUCCUCCCUCAUGCAGCUUUGUCUCAGCGGCUGCAGUGUUCCAGCGGAGGGAGGGAGGGAGGGAGCAAGCCAGUCACCGCUCUGGCACCAGAUCUGUGAGGGAUGCCCACGCACCCCACCCAGCCACCUCCCGGGCUACCUUUCUGCUUCCUUCCGAGAAAGGGGGGGGGGGGGGGGUCUCCGAAUGAGCCCCCAUGUAGAUCCCCGGCGUCAUGUCAACGCAGCCGCUUCGCUCUGGUUCACCGCAGCAUCUGAACUCGCUCACACACCGGCGCAGCGUGUUGUCAGCAAAUCUACCUUGUUUGUUAUCCACGCCAAAGUAGAUGGCACCUCAGAGGGCAAGGUCAAGUUGAACUCCAAGAGCUCCUGGGUAAGGAACAACACCAUUGUGGUUCCAUGUGAUGGCAUUUAUUUGGUUUAUGCACACAUAAGCAGCCAAAAUAACCAUGCACCAAGGUUUAAAAUCAUGAAGAAGGGAACUCCUGACAGUGUUGAAACGUGGCACCUCGUGGAUGCUAAGGAGAGCAGCCCCAUGGCAAUGUCUGAGCUGCGCAUUAACGAGAGCAUUUACAUGACACUCGAGCUGUCCAGUGAAACUUUCGAUCAGGCGGAAAGCUAUCUGGGGAUCGCUUUGCUUGAAGUCUUGCAAAACGUAAAGAGCUGCCGACAGCUACUUUCAAGGAAGUCGUAAAGAAGAACAAGAUUGGAACAUGUGCUCUUUAACUGCAUCGUAUGGGAAAUGUCAUGUUCUACCAUGAGGCGAAUGGGAACGAUGCGGAUGAAGUGUACAUUGACUCAGAAGGCUAUUUUGAAAUGGACAAAAAGUUGAAUUUAGAUCACAUUGGCUGGUGUGGUAAGAAGUGAAUUGAGGGGGAAAGGACUGGCUAAUUCUGGAUAAGGAAUGCUGGCUGCUCAAUUGCAUUGUUGAUGAAGAUAGAGACCUAAUAGGGAUUAAUUGGCACAAUGUUUAAAGGAAACAAAUCGAUAUCUGAUGUGAAAUAGAGUUCUAGAAAUAUUUAAUAAACACAGUCAUUUUUUUCUAAGGGUGUGUGGGGUGGAAACUCAUGACCACCCUAAAAUAUGAGGUCAACAAUGGAUGUUGCAGAAAGUCUCCCAAAUGGAGCAAUUGGACAUGGACUCUGAAUAGAGCUUGAUGGGCUGUAUGGCCUUUUUCCUUUGGUUUUUCCUCAGUGUCCUGAGUAAUACUUAUCUCACAGCCAAUGUAAUUUUUUAAAACAAAGGUUUGCCUGUUCAAUAUCUCAUUGCUGUUUGUGGAAUCUUGUGGUGCAUUUCUUACAUUAUUGCAAUGACUACUCUUCAGAAAGUAAUAAAUGGGUUACAAGGCACUGUGAGGCAUUUAACUGUGGGACACUGUGGCACACUAUGUAAAGGGAAUCCCUUUUUUUUGCUUGUUCUCCAUUGUCAUUCUCAGACACACAAUUGGGAUGGCAAGAAGGCAGGAGGUUCUGAGAGCUUGUUCUCUUUCAUUUCAGAAUGUAAAGCUUAUUUCACCCAUCCUGCUCUCAGACCAAGUCUAUAUAUUCGUAAUAUGGGAGGAGGGGUGAAAUGUUCGAUUCAGGGUUAAUUAUGAGAUUUUCUUUUUAAAAAGUGUACAAUUUUUACUACUUGUUAUUGUAUAAUGAAAUACAUGAUGCCGAGUAUUUUGUCUUCACUGAGGGAUUGGCACCAUAUCAAGAAAGUGACCAAAUUGGUUAUGUUCGUUCUCUAAUCUGUUCUUUGCACAUCUCUAGUUUUAAUACUGCACUAUUGAAUGUCUUGCCUAGUCUUUAAGAGUAAAAUAAAUGCUGUCGGUCCCUUUUAAUUGACCAAAAUGAAUGAUUGAGGCUGAUUACACACAAUUCUCAAGUCCACGUGUGUUGAGGGAGGAAAAUUAUAAUCUUUAUAAAUACCCAGUCUAUGAUUAUAUCUUACACUUGCAAUAUUCAAGGGACAGACAACAGACAAAUAUGUCCAUUGGAAUAUAGAUUAUUUGAUUGAUAUUUGUAUUUAUUUAUUGCAUGUAAAGUAGUUAUUUAACGGGAAAAGUAAUGUGGCUUUUGAACAAGAAAAUUUAAUGUUUUGAUAUUGUAACUAACUUUAUUUUUUACAUGAAACUGUUUUGUACUGUUUUAACAUGUUCAAAUAAUAAAAAGACAAGAUCCAUAUA